ACGGCGUCCAGCCACGGAACUGAUGGAGGAGCGGGAUGGAGACCGGGACGGAGAACGGGGAGGAAACCGAGAGGGAGAGCGGGAUGGAGAGCGGGAAAGAGAACGGGAUGGAGAGCGGGUAGGAGAGAGAGAUGGAGAGAGAGAUGGAGAGAGAGAUGGAGAGAGAGAUGGAGAGCGGGAGGAACGAGGCGGGGACCGGGACGGCAGCGAGGAAACGGCCCCUGAGGCGCGGGGCGAUGGCGGCGCCACCCGGCGGGACGGGCCGGAACAGCCACACAGAGACACUUCCGGCCGCGCCAGGAGGACACUUCCGGUACGACUGCGAGUCAGGAUCGUGGCCACUGCGGAACUGAGCGGGGACGAGAACGGGGAGAGGAGCGAGAACGAGAGGGAACGGGAACGGGAACGGGACAGGGAGCCGAGCAGCGGGGAGGACAGUGAGCGGGACAGCGAGCGGGACGGAGAGCAGCAGGAACGGGAGGAAGAGGAUCCAGAGCAGCCGGGCCGUGAGCAGCAGAGCCGCCCCCUCACCAUGCUGGACGUGUUCCGCUCCAUCCCCACGCAGAUGGACUACAAGGGGCAGAAACUGGCCGAGCAGAUCUUCCAGGGCGUCAUCCUGGUCUCCGCUGCCAUCGGUUUCAUCUAUGGCUACAUCACCGAGCAGUUCGGAUGGACCGUCUGCAUCGUUAUGGCUGGAUUUGCUCUGUCCUGCUUGCUGACGCUCCCUCCAUGGCCCAUGUAUCGCCGCAACCCCCUGAAGUGGCUGCCUGUGCAGGAGUCGGGCACGGAGGACAAGAAGCCAGCGGACAGAAAACCUAAAAGACAUUCCAAAAGCUAAAUUAAACGGUUCUUUGUUGUGCUGCAGCUGUUCAGAGCACGAGGAAGAAAAACCACCAAACUUACUGACAUGGAAAAAAGCCACUGACACGGAAAAAAGCAACUGAACUACCAGCAAAUGUAAUCAGAGCAUUAACACAGGCACUCGGCUGAGAGCAGCAGGUGAAGCUUUACUACACAGAUGGAAGGGGAGUGGGAAAGUCCUUUUUUGUGUGAAACCCCACCUGGCAGUUUUAAGCACAAGUAAAAUACUGACGGUCCUGA